GUCGCGAGUCCAGCCAUGUCCGCAGACCGAGAGGCAGCCGAGGCGGCCACCGCGGUGGUGGCGGCGGCGGCGGCGGAGGCCGGGGCCGGAGGAGACGCCCCUUCUCAGCCCCCGAAAGCCGAGGCGGAGAGCCAGCCCCAGCAGCCUCCCGCGGCCUCGGAGGAGACCUCCGCCGCCGCCGCCCCGUCCCCGCCGCCGCCGCCGCUGCGCUGCCUGGUACUCACGGGCUUCGGCGGCUAUGACAAGGUGAAGCUGCAGAGCCGACCGGCCGCUCCUCCGGCCCCGGGACCCGGGCAGCUGACGAUACGCGUCCGAGCCUGCGGACUCAACUUCGCAGACCUCAUGGCCCGCCAGGGGCUGUACGACCGGUUGCCACCGCUGCCCAUCACUCCGGGCAUGGAGGGCGCGGGCGUGGUGAUCUCCGUGGGCGAGGGUGUCAGCGACCGUAAGGUAGGAGACCGGGUGAUGGUGCUCAAUCGGUCUGGGAUGUGGCAGGAGGAGGUGACCGUAUCAUCUGCCCAGACCUUCUUGAUGCCUGAGGCCAUGACCUUCGAGGAAGCUGCUGCCUUGCUGGUCAAUUACAUCACAGCCUACAUGGUUCUCUUUGAUUUCGGCAACCUGAGGCCUGGCCACAGCGUCUUGGUGCACAUGGCUGCAGGUGGGGUGGGCAUAGCAGCCCUGCAGCUGUGCCGCACGGUGGAGAACGUGACGGUGUUUGGAACGGCCUCGGCCAGCAAGCACGAGGUGCUGAAGGAGAAUGGCGUUACACACCCCAUUGACUACCACACGACGGACUACGUGGAUGAGAUCAAGAAGAUCUCCCCCAAAGGAGUGGACAUCGUCAUGGACCCUCUGGGUGGGUCAGAUACUGCCAAAGGCUACAACCUCCUCAAACCUAUGGGCAAAAUUGUCACCUAUGGAAUGGCCAACCUGCUAACGGGCCCCAAGCGAAACCUGAUGGCCCUUGCCCGCACGUGGUGGAACCAGUUCAGUGUGACGGCUCUGCAGCUGCUGCCAGCCAACCGGGCUGUGUGCGGCUUCCACCUGGGCUACCUGGAGGGGGAGGUGGAGCUCGUCAGCCGCGUGGUGGCCCACCUCCUGGCUCUGUACAGUCAGGGCCGCAUCAAACCCCGCAUUGACUCAGUCUGGCCCUUCGAGAAGGUGGCUGAUGCCAUGAAGCAGAUGCAAGAGAAGAGGAACGUGGGCAAAGUGCUCCUGGUUCCUGGGCCCGAGAAGGAGAACUAGGGCAGGGGGCUGAAGACCCCUGAGGACCAGGAAGGAGGAAGUUGAAAGCCCCAUUGUGCUGACCACCAGCCUCUCACAUUUCACCCUCUGUUGUAUGCUCUGCCCUCCCUCCCUAAGGGUCUCCGCUGAGGACCACUUCCCUGCCCUGAGCGCUCUGUCUGCUCAGGACUGCCCCUCCCCUUCCUGCUCUCAGAAGAGGUUGGGAAGUGACCACUUGGAUGUCCGGGCCCUGCCAAGGGGACAGGGAGGGUCAGAGGGAGGCUGGCUGCUUCCUGCCCCCACCCUCUCCCUGGGCCUGCUGUGCUGCUUUUGUGCCAAGGUUAGCCAGUCCCUGUCCCCGUCUGGUCCUGUUCUGUGUGUUUCCACUCUGCCUCACCUUCCCUCCUGUCCCUGCCCCACCACCUCCCCCAAAGAAUCAAAAUGUCAGCUCAGGAUGUGGGGCGAAUCCGUGUGCGUCCAGCAUGUUUCUCCCUGGUGUCCAUUUAGCCCAGGCCAACCCGUGCCACCUCUGGGCUUGACCAGUCCCCAACUUUGUCACCUGUCCCUAACUUCUUAAGCACAAUUGGACUUCUUCCACCUCCAGCUUGCUGCUGUUUAACCAAGGCUGCCUCUUACGGUUAGGGCAGGAGUCAGAUAGAUCAAUCCCCCAGGUCACCAUUUCUGAGGUCUACCGAACACCCCUACCCUCCCACUGAGGUCUCUAGAUUUGUUCUCAGUGCCUUAGCAUCGGAAAAACCUGUGCUGUGUGUAGGGGGGUCCCUGUCUCUGACCUUCUCCACUCCGUCCUCCCUCCCCAGUGCCUUCCGUGUCCUGAGGGAACUGGGCCUUUACUCCUCCCCAGUCCUGUAACACUGCCAAAAAUCUGUGUAUGUGCCAGUGGGUGGAAGCCAGCCCCUCGCCUAGUGGGGUCAGUUGUUCUCAGUGUAGUCUGUGCCUGUCUCUGCUGGUGGUGGGAGAGGGGGAGACAGGGAAGAGUGGCCAGAGCCCCGAGAGGCGCUGCCGCUGCUGGGUCUUGUUCUGGGACCAAAGUGAAAACCUAAGCACAUUCCCUUUGCUGUCAAGGGAGGCCGCCUGCUCAGCCCAGACUCUGCUGGUUAGCUCAGCCCCACUCUUCCUUUACACAGGCGGGCGGGGAGGUGGAGCAUCAUGGGAGAAGCAGCCUGGACAGGGAGGAGGAGCCCUGGUGGGGAGCAGGAGAGUAAAGUGGGGUGGUUGCUGGAGCCAAAGUGGGGACUCUCUGAGGUGGGGGCUAACUCCCUCUGCCCCAGAGCUGGGAUUAGGAAAAGUUAUUAUUGGCCUAGCCAUUGCCAGUAGGAGGUGGGGGGAGGGGCUCAUCCACUUUGUAGUCUUAACGAAGCCUCCAUCUGGGAAGUGCGAUUUCUGCUUUUGUGUCCCUCACCCCAUUACCACAGCUGCCUUUGUGUUUGUGUCAAUAAAAAACCAAACCCUG